AUGUAUAUUUAUAGAAAAGAUGGGCUUAAUAGAUAUUCUGAUGGAAUUGGCCAUCGAACUCCUAGUCUAGCACCAUUACCAUCUACUAAAAAUAUUACAUUUACCAAACGGUGUAGAAAUUACAUGAAACUUGCUGAAGAACUUAACAAUGCAGCAGACAUUCUAGAGAAGCAAAUUGAUGCUGGAAUUCGCGAAUAUCUUUUCCUACGAGAUCAGUCUGUGCAACAAUUCUUAGAAUGGCGAGCACGAUUUCGAUUUUUUCUUCCUGGUGCUGCAUGGGAUCUCGUCAACUUAACAUCUGAUGAAGUUGAUACCCUAAAGAACGAAAUGAAGAUUUUGCCAUAUAAGGCAGGAAUAUACUCAAAAAUAAAUCACAAUAAAACUGAUGAACAAGAUUUGUCGGAUCCUGCAUCACGAAUUUUAAAUGACUAUACUAUGCAUUCGACAUAUAUUGAGAGCUUCAAGAGACUAGACGAGGUCAUUAGAAAAAUGUUUUCAAUUUCCGUCAAAGUAGAAACACUAAAACUACUAUCAUCUAGUAAUGCAACCGACCAGUUUCGGCAGAUAGAGCAUCAUUUUAAUCAAAAACUAUCACCUGAAGAAAUUCGUUUCUUUGCGCGAAAAAAACUCCAAGACAUUUUUCUUGGAGAUUUAUAUGAGCCCAAUUUCAUAUCCAAAAAACCACUAGAAUACCACUACAGUUUUGCCAGUUUAUAUGAGCUCAUGUGUCAUUUCUGCAUGCUUUACGAAAACUACUCGGUAGAAGAUCCAGUUGAUGUCGGGUAUUUUGUGUUCGCGGUAACUGUGAAUUUUAUUCAAUGCUUUGGCCAGUCCCUACUAGAAGAUCCGGAUUUGUAUAAGUUUUUGAAUAACUUUGAGCCUAAUUCAUUUUCUCCUAAGAGUUUAACAGCUGAAGUUUUUUUUAAUAUUCACCAUUACGUUCGCAAAAACAUGUAUAGGACGCGCAAAGUGUAUUAUACUUCCGAAGAGCUGGUGGCGAAAAAGGAAGUGAUGUUACGGAGAAAAAAACUUAUCCAUUAUAGCAAGCCAUUGAUGAUAACUGGUGCGAGCAGCACUGUGUCAACAGAUCCGCGAUUAGUAAAGCGAGCACGAAUCAGUAAAUCAUCUGGUGGAAUGACAACUAGAAAAAGAGAAACCCCGACAAUGCAGAAGGCUACUCAUACGGUAGAAAUACCAGGCAGUUUAUCUCAAGAAAAGAAUAUUGAAGAACCUAAAAGCAAUGCAAAUCCAAGAAAAAAAAGUGAGGAGCCGGUACGUAAGCCAGUUCCAGAACCCGCAUCAGAACCUGUCAUAAAAUCUGCACCAAGCCCCGCUCUAGAGACAGCUUUCACGGGUCAUCCAGAAGCUGAAUCCGAUAGUGAGGUUGAAAUUAUAGAGGAAUUAUCACGGCCAUCGUAA